AUGAAACUCAAUCGCCUUUUCCCCCUCAUCUUGUUAUCCACGAGCGUUGGCUUCCAGCCUGUGCAAAUCUCUAACGGGCCAAUAUCUGGAAUGGUGGUCAGAGAGGAUACCUCCCUGCAGCAGCCCAUCGUCCAAGAUGUUGAGAUCUUCUUCGGCAUCCGUUAUGCAGAACCUCCCUUGCGAGAACUGAGGUUUCGAGCUCCCCGACCCUACACCUCCAAAAAUUGGACCGCUACCCGCCCUAUGGUCACGCCUGGAGAGAAAUGCUUUCAAGUAUCGGACAGUAGCCUGACUGAUACAGGUUCCACCGCUGGUCACGAAGAUUGUCUAUUUCUCAACGUUUAUCGACCUUCUACUGUCGAGAACGGUACCUCGCGACUUCCGGUCAUGUUCUGGAUCUAUGGCGGAGGCUACGUCUUUGGGGAUGCCUUGUCGUACAACGGCACGGCGUUAGCGGCAUUACACAAUGUUAUUGUGGUUACGGUUAAUUAUAGACUAGGUCACAUAGGAUUCCUCGGUUCCCAGAGGUCUCUGUCAGAGGAGGGCACUACCGGCAAUUGGGGAACUUUGGAUACUCAGUUGGGCCUGAAGUGGGUACAGCAGAAUAUCGAGGCAUUCGGCGGCGAUAAGAACCGAGUUCUGUUGUUCGGAGAAUCCGCGGGGGCAUUCUCCGUUAUGUGGCACAUCGCGGCUCCGGGGAGUAAGGGUCUCUUUCACGCAGCCAUCGUGCAAUCUGGAACGGCCUCAACUCCGAUGUUCUUCCAGACUCGUACAGAUGCCUUCAGAUAUUAUGACUGGGUCGCAAGUGAACUCGCAGGUUGUAAGGAUGCUAAUGAUCUUGCCUGCCUCCGAGAGGUCGACUUACACAACUUUACCAUACCAAAUGGAAUACGUUUCGAUCCGGCCCGUGCGCCGCCCUGGGGAUCGCCCCUAUUCCCAGCAAUGCCUGUGGGUCCCAUUAUAGACGGUACAGCUCUGCCUGAUAAUCCCUUACGCAUGGUAGAGAAUGGUCAGCAUAAUGACGUACCGGUCAUCCUGGGUGUGAACAGAAAUGAAGGUUCAGUGUUUGGUCUCAUGCUACCAAACCUUAUCCCGGGACUAAAUGUGCCAUUGGUGGAGGACGGUGUCCGCAAGGCCAUAUAUCACUUCCUGCAGAACGAGACUGCUGUUGAAGAGUUGUCGGAAUCAUAUCCCUUGGGGAGAUACUCCUCUGUCUAUGGUAGCGCGAACGGUCCCUUCGAACAGAUUUUCUAUCUGAUAAGAGACGCUAUCUUCCACUGUUCUGCACGGCAAUUCGCCAAUGCUCUUGUGGACAAGGGGAAGUCCCCAACCUGGAUGUACUCUUUCGAUAUGCCUAACCUCUUCGGCAGUUGGAGUGAGUUCAAGCUCGGUGCAUUCUUCUCUGCUUAUGGGAAUUUAACGUUGGAAGAGAUGGGCACUUUCCACUCAGCUGAAGUUCCCUUCAUAUUCAAACAGUUCAGAAACGUACCAGUGAACUUCUCAUCAUUUGGGAUAUCAUCUAUUCUCUCGCUCUAUAUGGCACAUCCUCCUCGACAACGUGGUGACUCCUUCCAUAAUAUUAGCGAUGCCUUCUCCUGUAUGUGGUCUCACAUGGCAGCCGAUGGAAGUCCGACGGGUCCACAACAACACUGCCCAGGGCUACCCGAUGGGAGUAUCCCAUCCUGGUUGUCUUACUCUUCUAUUCUUAAUGGCUCUGAGGCACAGGGGAUUUACAUGAGCAUCGGCGAUGAGAUGGUCAUGAAGCCUUGGAGAUCUAACAAUCAGUACCCCGAUAAUGAGAUGCCGUCUAUUGAAGUAUGUCAAUGGUGGGACGGUCAUCCAGUUGGGUUCCAUGAUCUUCAAGCCGACAUACCCGCCACCACGACACCGGCGCCUACUUCCACAGAGCCCAUAUCGUAUCUCUUAGGCGAGAAGCUCGGUAACGGUGCAUAUGCUACUGUACGACUGGGUUGGAACAAAGCGAACCGCGCCUGCAAGGUCGCAGUGAAGAUAUAUGAGAAAAUAAGUCUCGUGGGCUCGACGACGAGACGCAGGAACGUGAUGCGAGAAAUACACGUGAUGAGGAAGAUGUCUCAUCCGAACAUCGUACAGUUCAUAGAGACAUUUGACACCCCUAAAAAGAUUUAUCUCGUCCUUGAGCACAUCGCCGGGGGCUGCUUGAAUGAGUUCAUCGGAAAGCUUCCAGGCAGCAAAGUGGACGACGCAACUGCGAAAAACAUGGAAUUCAUUGACACCUGGAACGUCGAAGCUAUGCAGUUGGACAUGCAUUGCGUCCUCCCGGCAAGGUUCAUGGCCCAGAUAUGUGAAGGCAUAAAGUAUUGCCACAGCAAGAGGAUAGUCCACAGAGAUCUAAAGCUAGAGAAUAUACUGCUGGAAGGAAGGGACCGGAUUAAAAUUAUUGACUUCGGAUUCUCCACAUCUGUUCCGGAGGGCCAGAACGUGAAGAUAUUUUGUGGAACACCGUCGUACAUGUGUCCGCAGCUCGUUAGGGGAGGUGAAUACAAUGGUUUCAAGGCCGACAUGUGGGCUAUUGGGGUGAUCAUGUAUCUGAUGCUCUUGGGAAGCUUCCCAUUCCGGGCCAAGUCGCAGAAGGAGCUCUACGUCAAAAUUCAAAAGGCUCGUUUUUACCUCCCGGACCCAGCCAGUCCUAUCCUAUCACCACAUGCGAGAUUGGUAAUCAAACGAUUACUCAAGGCUGAUGCGGUACGAGCCGGGCGAAUCCAGAGCAAUGGGCGGAACGCCCGGAUACUGUUGCUUCUGGUAUGCGCCUUGGGCCCUCGCAAGACGCAUAGGCUGUGCGAGAGUGAACGACUACACAUGCAGCACUUCCAUUUUGAUAUUAUUGGUCUUUUUCUAUGA